AGAGCUAGCUGGUCAAAUUUGGCCCGCGUUUCUCAGAGUUCAAAUUUUCUCCAUCUUCCAACACCGCCCUUCCCCUUUCUAUAAAUACAUCCAUACUAAUCCCAUUGCCAGAGGAUUGGUCCAAGAGAUUUUCUUUGGAAAAUGAGUAAGUACCAACAAUACGAGCGCGUUUUCAAUCACCUUGACAACAAUGGAGACGGGAAGAUUUCACCUUCAGAGCUACACCAGUGUGUUGAAACAAUAGGCGGGGAGCUUUCCCUGGCGGAGGCCGAGACGGCGGUGGAAAUCUUGGACACGGAUGGAGAUGGACUGCUGGGGUUUGAUGACUUCGUUAAGUUUGUUGAAGGAGGUGAUGAAGAAGAGAAAGUGAAGGACUUGAAGAAGGCGUUUAAGAUGUAUGAGAUGGAUGGCUGUGGCUGCAUAACACCCAAGAGCUUGAAAAGAAUGCUUAGUAGAUUAGGUCAGUCCACCACAACUGAUCAAUGUCAGAAGAUGAUAGCUCACUUCGAUCUCAACGGCGAUGGCGUCCUCAAUUUUGAUGAGUUUAAGAUCAUGAUGUCGUAAAUUGUUUUCAACUUUAUACAAUUUAUAUACACAAAUAAUAUAUAAUUAGACAUUA